AUGACCUUUUCCCUCCUUCAGCAGGCAGCCAACACAAGCACAACAAUCCGCGCCGCCCGCCCGCCGCCGCGGGGCUAUAAAAGGGGGAAUGGCCCGGCAGCCGCGCUCGGAGCAUCCCCGGCAGCGGCGGAGCCUCUCCCGCUGCCCAGCCCGGGCUCCUGCCCGCAGCAAUUCCCCCCGGGACAUGGGAGGGGGACGUUUCCAGAGCCCCCCGAGCGCGCUGAGGCUCGGCAGGAGGAGGAUGAGGAGGAUGAGGAGGAUGAGGAUGAGGAAGAUGCCGCUGGGCGCACCCGGGGAGCCGCAGCCCCGGCGGGGUCCGGAGGUGGAGGUUUUGCUGUUCCUGGAGGGAAGGAAUUCCACCGGCCGCGGGAGCUGCUGGAAUCUCCUCGUGCCGGCGCUGAGGACACCAGGCCGUGCCCAGGGCUGGCACUCGUCCCCUCGGCCAGGGAACGGCUCCCAAGGCAGGAUUUGUCCCUGGAUGUCUCCUCUGCACCGGGACCCCGAGCCCUGAGCCUCGGCUGGGAUUUGGACGCUCCCUCCCGUCUGCACGGCCGGGGGGCUGCAGGCACCUGCUCCUCCCAAAUCCCGCGGAUUUACAGCUUCUGGCACCUUCCUGCUGGGACUGGCUCCGUCCCAGGGAAUCUCCCGAGGGACAGAUGUGGGAAAGCAGCACUUAGAGGCUACAAUUCCUUCUUUUUCUGUGCUGCUCCUGAAUCCUGGCUCUGGAGGAGGAAGGAUCCCAUGCACUCCUGGAGGACAAAUCCUGCUGCUCCAAGGGCCCGUGCUGAAGGCUCGGGGUGAGGGACAGAGGGGACAGCCAGGACACGCAGGAGCAGCUCCUGAGGCUGCAGCUGCAGCUCAGGGACAGCGAUGGAACCUCAGGCCUGGGAGAGGUUCUUCCCUCUCCUCCAGCCCCAGCUCCACACCCGGAACCUGCCCGGGCUCCAUCCCCUCCCCGUGAGGAGGAUCCCACCAGGAGCUCAGCUCCUGCCACACGGAACUGACAGGACUCCGUUUUCUGCUGGCCUUUGGGAAUUGUCCUCUUGGAUCCUGGUGAUGGAUGGAUGGUGAAGAGCUCCUGGCUCAAGCAGCAGCUCAGUGUUUUCCUCUGGCAAGGACCGAGUGCUUGCCCAGUUUCCAGUGGAUUUUUUUGGUCUUUAUUUUUACCCCUCUGCUCUUUUUUUUUUAAUUUUUGCUGCUUUUUGGGGGUUUGGGUGUUUCCUGUGGAUACUGGAGCUGCAGCGGAUCCCGUGGUGGGAACUGGAGCCUUUGGAAGAGCAGGAGCUGAGCUGGUGCUGGGGUUCCCAGCACCCUGAGCUGGGUGGCCUCGGGAGGGUCCUUCUGCCACACCUGGAACCUCCCAGUGGAUCCCAGUCCAGGUGGGAGCGGGAAGCAGGCGCAGGAACCGGGGAAAAGCCGAACCUCAGCGAGGGGAAUGUCCCAAUGAGGGCAAAGUCACCCCCAGAGACAAUUAAAUUGCAUUUAAUAAACCCCUCUGGCUCCGUGAG